GCUGUCGAUAGCCCCGAGCCCCCCACCGCCUGUCUCGCGUCUCCUCGCAUGAUCCGGACCCCGACGUCGCUCUACAUCGAUCUCGCAGGCCUCUGGAUCGAUUCUAGCUCCCCUUACCGACAUGAAAGACGUCUCCGCCUCUUCCCGACACGCACGCAAUGCUGUCUACCCCAAGAAACGACCGUCUCCAUACGGCAUCUCGAAGGCGCACAAGCAAUCGCCCACCUACUCGCACCUGCAGCACGGCUCGGGCCGCAAGUCUGCCAUAGUCCUCGAACAGGAGGCGCGGUCCCAGCGCCAAGCCCAAGUGCUCGCGCUGCACCGCCAGGGCGUCCUUCUCGAAGAAGAGUAUCGAGAGGACAUCAGGUACUAUAUGCACCAGAUGGAGCACGAUACGAUGGGGUCGAUGACAUCAAUGGACCAGCAGCCGGAGAUCAAGUGGCACAUGCGCCCGUGCCUCGUCGACUUCCUCGUCGAACUGCACUUCACCUUCCGCCUUCGGCCGGAGACACUCUACCUCGCCCUCAACAUCAUCGACCGAUACGUCUCGCGGCGCAUCGUGUACGUGAAGCACUACCAGCUCGUGGGAUGUACGGCUCUCUGGAUCGCUGCCAAGUUUGAGGACGCGAAGGAGCGCGUGCCGACGGUGCAGGAUCUGGUUCAGGUCUGUCGCGAUACGUACGAGGAGUCGGCGUUCGUGCAGAUGGAGCAGCAUAUCCUCUCCACCAUACAAUGGGUACUCGGCCACCCCACCGCAGAGGCGUGGCUACGGCUGAUGUGCCACGGUCCGUGCAUGGAAGAGCCUCGGGUGCAGCACGUCGCGCGUUUCGUCAUGGAGAUCACUCUGUUCCAUCGGGAAUUUGUUCGCUUCCCGCCUUCGACCGUUGCGUUAGGUUCCUUGACUCUGGCGCGAUUCCUGUGCGGAAAAGGCCACCGCAUUUUUGAGGAGACCGAUGAGUGCCUCGAGAUCGUCGAUCUGCUCGACCAGCGCCUUGCCAAGCACGUCAACGACUUGUCGGAGGUCCUCGUCAAGAAGUACUCGUACGCCUUCUACUCGAAGGCCGCCACGUUCGUCGUGCAGUUCUACCUCAAGGGCGGCCGCUUCGUCCGCCAGACCUACGCGCCUCUCGUCAUGCCGAUGACGCCAACGCGUUCGCCGAUGUCUUCGGUUGCCAGCACCCCCGCAAGCGUCUCGACCACGGCGUCCGACAUCUCGGACGACAUGCCCGUCACCCCGACGACCCCGCUUUACUCGUGCGACACGCUCAUCAGUGCCGUUCUCGCCGACUCGGACAAGGAGAACGUGCGGUCCUCGCGCGACCUCGUCUUUACAAAGCACCACGCGGAAGUGCCGGAGCAGUUCUUGCCGCACGACUUUGUCACCUUCGGUCGUUCUGCGCUCUCGAACAUGAACGUGGCUUCCCCUCGCGUCGCAGCGGUGUCAUAAGGCCUCAAAACCUCGGUCUAUCGCUUCUCGUCCCACGCCUCCUCAUCCAUCGCAGAUGCCCCCCACCCCGCAUCUCCCGCUUUCGCACAAGAACCCAUCCAACCAACCGCACCCCUGGCAAAAUGUACUACCAUAGCAAACACGUCUGUCGACAGCAUAAAUUCUCUCUCGCAUCAUCUCGGCAUCACUUCAUCAACCAUGCAUCCCUCCUCAUCUGCAAUUGUCUCUCUCUGUCUCUCUCAUCCCUACUACCAAUUCCCGCAAUCCCAAAUGACCGGCGCGGACGACCGGCGAACGACGAAAGUACAAGACCGGAAUCCCAUCUGUAUUAUGGACAUUUUCUUGUCGUCCCGGACGCUUCGUCCUCUUCUCGGUCGUCUCCAACCCUGUCGAUUUAUACAACAACAUACAAACACCACGCUCUUUCCCUCCUCGCAAUUGUUACUUUAUGCAACCAGCAUCGCCCAAUCCGUUUUUUUUCCCCACCGCAGCGAUGAGGUCGAUUACAUUCCCUUUCUUAAAACUUCCGUUCCUGUGCAUUUGUUUCCCUUCAUACCUUAUCUUAUUCAUUCACCUUAUUCUCCCUUUACAUAGUUGUCCCUCUCUCCCGAUUCCCUUUUCUGUCGUCGACCUCUGGAACUCGCAUGGCGGGUUAUUAUAUUUUUACCCCAACCCACCAAGGAGCCCCUCAAAGCUCCUCCUCCCCCUCCAGCUUUCUUCUGGCGCGCUGUUCCAACUCCAUCCUCGUCUCCUGUUGCAGCAAAUCAUUGGUCUCGAUAGCGUAGCACAAAUCGCAUUUGUUCGUUGUCGUCUCUCUCUCCCCCUUGCAUCCGCCUCAAGGGCAAUCUGA